UUUUUCCUGUCCCUGGUCAGGCCAGUCCGUUCUCGCUAUCGUUACAGAGAGCUCUAAAAGUCGCAUUGCGUAAAAAUCACAAUUAAAACAUAAAACAUAUCAAUUAGACAUUAAGACUUUGACAUCUUCCUAAGUCAAAUUAGUGUUAACCCCUGACUUUAAUUAUGUUUGCAUUAUUACGUCAUGGGCCUGAGAUAAUCAUAACAGAUAACGUCUGAUUUUCAUGGCAAGGUAAUUGAUUCACAGUCGGUUAACGUAUGUUUGUUUAAAAUGGUAAAUCCUGGGAUAACUAUAUAACAACAUACAACAUGUCUCGCAGCACAUUUCGAUAAAUAGCAAAACGAUAUGACUGAAUCUGCUGGCUACCAUCAUGACCAUGCUGUCCCGGCGUUGAUCCGGAUGAAAAGAGCUAUACUUUUUGGACUUGGUGCUUUUUUUACAGCAAUACUCGCGACUGGAUUAAGAGGGGAAUGGUUGUUUAUUUUCAUCCAAGCUAAAAGACUAUGGCAAGGAGACGCAACCUGGAGGGCGGGAGUUGAGGAUCGAACGACUUUGACGGAUGAUGGCUCUGACAUUUAUUAUUUCAUGAAAGACAUACAAUAUUAUCUUCCCUUGUCAUUCGUCGGAGCAUUUUUCAUCUUUUAUGGAGUCGGCGGUUUUCUCAAAUGGUACUACUAUAUCCAACGUCGUGAGAGGGCGACAGACUGGAAAUGCCAGCCGGAUCGGUUCUUGCAGCCCGCUGAUGACAAAUUGGAAUUUUGGUUAGGGUCUUUCAACAUGGCAAUCGGUGCAAUUUCAUCAGGUAUUUUAGUCACUUAUGUCAUGAACGGAGGCGAAACUAAACUUUAUUACAGCAUUAAAGACUACGGAUGGGGCUACUUUUUUCUCUCCAUCCCUGGUUUCUAUGUGUACAACGAAGCGUCAACGUAUUACACGCACCGAACGAUGCACCAUCCAGUCUUUUACCGUCGCUAUCAUAAGCUUCAUCAUCGCUUCAAAGCUCCAACGCCCUGGUCAGCCGCUGCCAUGCAUCCAUAUGAAUUCAUAAUCUUCCAAUUUCUCCUCGAGAUACCAAUUUUCCUGGUCCCAUUACACGCAGGUGUGUAUCUCUUCUGGUUAGUUUAUGGAGUAUACCACGGUAUUCUCUCUCAUUCGGGCAUUGAUCUACACUCUGCGUUACCAUGGCAACCGAGUGUAAUGUUUCAUGACGAUCACCAUAGGUAUUUCCAUUGUAAUUUUGGAGUGAACACGAUGAUGUUUGACCGGCUUCAUAGCACACUGAGAAAAUACGAUAGAUUCUACUCGGAAACAACUUUUGGAGGGAAGGGCGCCCCCAUCCAAGAUUCGUCGACCGCCAGACUCAUUGAUAAAAAUAAAUGAUAGACUUUUCUCUUGAUGUUACUGCCACACCGGCAAAGCUGACUCCAGGCCGACCAAAGCCUUUACACUAUUUCCAAUAACAUACCAUCGGUCGGUUUUUUAGUCGUGCAACUGUAGUAUGACCUUUUCUCUUUAUGUACACGGUCACACACCACACAGGAGAACCAAUAUUAGACCGAUCAUAUCCAUUACGUUAUUACCAAUGACACAUUACCAUGGGUCGGUUUGGAGUCGGUUUCGUUGGUGUAACUGCAGGACGACCGUUUCUCUUUAUGUACACGAUCACAUCAAAAUUUUUGACUGGCUCUAUAUAAAGUGGAAUUAUUGUUUCCAAUUUCUUGGUAUUUAGCAAAUUGAUUAUUGCUAAAAUUAUGAUUAUCUUUGUAACUUGCCUUAUGAUCAAAAUUAUAUUUUUGUGCAAAUUUGAUUAGCUUGCUGUGAAUACACCAUAACAUGUCUUUCCAUUUCAACUUAAUUUGAAUACCCUACUCCAAAACCAAGGCAACCCUUAAAGACUGCAUUUUGCCAUUCAGCUUCGCAGCUCCGAAAUUAUGGAACCAACUUUUGGCACAAUCUGUUCCUGCUUUCAAAACAUUGAAGAAGACACAUUUGUUUACGGAAGCGUAUAAAGUGGAUCAUCCUUUUUUUUGUUCGUAAGAAGUAUCAGCAAUUGGAGUAAUCAAAGCGCAGUAGAGUAUAUCUAUACAGUGGCUGCGCUUUCAAAAUUUAUCAUAUUAAAAAAAAAAUUGUUAUAAAAAAUGAAUUAUAUGCUUACUAAUGAAGAAAACAUACAGUGAGGGUGAGAGAAAAUUAAUUUCAUUUUUUUUUAAAUUUACACUCAGAUUGAAAAUCGAUGUAUAAGAUUGUGGUGGGAGACCGUAAUCCCAAAUUA